AUGAGUAGCAACAAAAAAAUUUAGGUAUAAAAGAACAAAUAAAAAAAAGUUCUGAAAAAGCUUUCUAACACAAAAGAAUCUAUAACUGUAAGCGAAGACGAAAGCGAGAAUGAAAAUUAUAAUUAACAAAGUGAGCCUUUAUAUGAGGUAGAGGCAAUUAGAGGCCAUAAAGGAAAUGGUAAGAAUAGAUUGUAUUAAAUCAAAUGGUUAGGAUAUCCAGAGAACUAAAAUACUUGGGAGCCUCUUGAAAACCUUUAAAAUAUUUUGAAAAUGGUAAAAUAAUAUGAGGACUCAUUGAAAAAUAACUCAUUCUCUUCAUAAUCGUCUUCAUCUUAGCAAAAAAAGAAAUCUUAAAUUCAAGAGCCAAAUACCUAAAUUUAACUAAAUAAGAAAAGGAAAGUUUUAGGCAAAAUACAAGGUAAUAAAUAGAUUUUAGAAUCUGAUGAAGAAUCCUUAGAAGAAGAGGAAGAAUAAAUUUAAUAAAUUUCUAGAAAGAAUAAAAAGGUAAAAUCUGAAAACAAUGAUUCAUCGAUAGAUGAGAUCAUUACUUCGCAAUCUAAAUCAAAUGAAUCCAAUAGUUAGAAGAGUAGAAAAAAUAAUAAAGUAAGUACUAGCCUCAUUCGCGAUUUUUUAGAACCUAAUUAGAGUUUUGAUACUCAAAAGAAUAGAUAGGAAAAGUAAGCUGUAUCUUUUAGCACCCAAGAUAUCAAAAUAUAAAGUAAUUAAAAAGUUGUAGAUAACUAAAAAAGCAAUAAUAAUACUGUUAGCAAUAUUAGUAACUCUAGUAAUGAUGUCAGAACAAAUAAUAGUAAAGUUUUGCCAAGUAAAAAUGUUAUUCCAGAAAAUUAAUUUAAAAGUAUGUCUAAUUUGCUCUAUCCAAAUUUUGUUCCUUAAACUCUCUAAUAGAGCUCUUUAAGUCUUUUAAGUAAGCUAACAAAUGUAGAAAAUAACUAUGAUAAAGAAAAAAAUGUUUAGAGUAGCUCAAUUCGCUCUUCGCUUCUGAUACCUACUAUUCCAUAAAAUUAAAACUUAAAAAAUAUAGUUUAGAACUUUAGUUAAUAAGAUAAUUCCGUAAGAUAGGUUAAUACAGGUUAAAGACUUUAAAAGUUGAUUGAAACUCCUGAAUUCGAAACUCAAAACUAAUAGCCUGAUGCUAUCAACCCUAAACUAAAAAAGUUGAAUAAUGAAAAUUAAAGUUUAUUUUUACAGUUAAAAGACGAAUUAGAAUUAUAUAAGAAAGAUAUGCAUCGAGAAGAUUUAACUGACUCAGAAUAUGAUAGUGAUGAUGAUAAUAGUGAAGAUGAUUUAGAAAGUAAUAUCAAGCAAAAAAGCAAAUUAAAAGAAGGUUUAAGAAUAUUUGAAAUACACAAAGAAUUAGAACUUUAUAAAGGUUUAGAUAUUAAAAUUGUAUAAAAUCUUAAAAAGCAAGAAGAAUUAAAACUCUAUGAAAACAUUUACAAUGAAGCAAAUCUCAUAGAAAAUCAAUAAUAAUAUUUCUUAGGCUUUAGUGAUAUCAUAUAAAAUGUAAAAUCAAUAGACAAAAAUUUAUUCAGACAUAAAUUAUAAUUUGCUCCAUAUAUUAGCCAAAACACUUUAUCUCAAUCAAAAAAUGAUGUUUAAAUUUAAUAAAAUGAAGUUUUAAAUCCUAUUGACACAGCAAAGGAGUAUAAGUAGUAAAAAGAAAGCAUAUAAGAAUAAUUAAAUCCUGAAAAUUUGUUAAAUAUUAAAUAAAUUCCUUAAAAAACUCAUUCAAAUCCAUAAGAAUAGCAUAAAAAUUUAAUUUAAGGAUAAGGAUCUAUUUAGAUUUAAGAAUAAGUAAUAUCAUUAAGUCAGCAGGCAUCAAGUUUAAUUAAUCAAGAAGAGUCUACUUAAAUUUAAGAAAAAGGAGUUACUGGUUUUAAAGAGAAAGAAUCGAUUUAAAAUUAAGGAGAAUAAUUAGCCAUUCCAUGUUUAAUUUAAUAAGAAAAAUAAUAAUCUUUAAUCUAAAACGAAUUUCCUUUAUAAAUUUAAGGAUAAGUAUCUCUUUAAAUUUUAGAAAAUUUAUAAAUUUCAAUUAAUAAAUCAAUUGAAAAUUAAGAAAAUUAAAUAAGCUAAAUCUAACAAAAAGAAUCCAUAUAAAUUUAAGAAAGAGAAUCGCCUUAAAUUUAAUAAACAGAAAAAUCCUCUUUUAUUUAAGAAAGAAAAUCACCAUUAAUUUAAGAAACCGAUUUAGCUGAAAUUUAAGUAACAUAAUCACCUUAAAAUUAAGAGAUAGACUCACCUUAAAAAUCUAAACAUAACUAUUAUUCAGAUGAUCUAUCAAAUUCAUUAUCUGAAAGAAGUUAUAGGAGGAAACCAAGUGAUGAUAUAAUUUCCAGAAACUAUUAAACAGAUGAAUCAGAGCAGUAAAUACUUGUAGAAGAUGAUUUAGAUGAAGAUUAAAAAAAGAUUUUAUUCUAAAAUGAUACUCUUAAUAAGAAAGAUACUCCCAAUUCAAGUAAGAAUGAUUCCGAAAGUGAUAAAGCAUAAAAUAAAGUAAUAGAUUCAGAAAAAGAAUUAAUUUAAGAAGAAACACCCAUUUAAAUAUGCUUUGAAGGAAUAAGUAAUGAAAAAUAAUAAGAAAUGAGUUACGAAAUAAAAAGAAAUAAAAAUGUAUUUGAAAGUGAUUCAUUGAGUAGCUCAAUUUCAAUAGAGAGUGCAUAAAAAAUAAUAAAUUUUAAUGUAUAGCCAGAAAAAAAAUAAGACUUAGAAAUGAAUUUAGUCUAAACAAAAAAUCUGAGUCAAAUUGAGCUCAAAUAAAAAACACACUCAAAAGACUCUACAAGGACAGAUAGCCACUUAAGUGAUAGUUUAAGUGCUACCCCUUGUAAAGAUAAAUCUAAUGAUAAACUCUCAAAUAUAACUCCAGAUUCUUAAAAAAUCAUGAAUGAUAAUAAAAAUAAGAAAUAAGAAAAUUCAUCAAUCAGCUCAAUUACUUCAAAUUAAGAUACAGCAAAUAAUAAAAAAGACAGAUUCAAGAAAAAUAAAGAGGAAGAAAAGCAUUAGAAAUAAUAAAAAAGAAUUAAAAGAAGUAGAAAAAGAAGUAGUAGCAGCAGCAGUAGCAGCAGUAGUAGAAGUAGAAGUAGCAGCAGUAGUAGUAGUAACAAUAGCAGCAGUGGUGGUAGCAGAAGUAGAAGUCACAGCUCCUCUUCUAGAAAAUACAAAAAAAAUUAAAACAAAAAUAAAUAUCAAAGAAAUCAGUAAAAUCCUAAAUUUUAAUCACUUUCUUCUUCAAAAAGCUAAAGCUAUUCAUCUUCAUCUAACUAUUCCCGCUCACCAUCAUCCUCUUCUUCAUCUUCAGAAAGAAAGAAUAAAAAUAGGAAAUUUAGCAAAUCAUCUUACAGCUAAAGUAGAAGUAGUUCAAUAGACUAAAGGAAAUCAAACAUUAGCUCAAGAUCAUCUCUUUCAAAAGAUGAUGAUUUUUUUAAAAAAUAAGCAAUAAGUUCUUAAUCCUCUAUAGAUCAUACUGAUCAAAGGUUACUUAACAAAGUAAAUUUUAAGAUGUAAACUAGCUAAUUAGAUUCAGAGGACUAAUCAAUAAAAAAAGACACUAAAAAAGUAGAAAAUGAGUAGAAUAAAGGCUUUGAUUAAUAAACAAAAGUUUCAUAACCACAAUCUGAGCAGCAAAAGCAACAGGUUUUAAUUCCUCAAAAUUAAAAUAUUUAAAUUAAAGAACAAAAUAAAGAGAUACCUGUUUAACCUACUCAACCUAGCUUAACAUUUGCUAAUGAUUCUGCGCCUAAGCUUGUAAAUCCUUAAAUAACAGAUAUUUAACCUUAGCCUUAAAUAAAUAAUCAAAUUUCUUUUAAAACAAAUAAUUUUGAACCUAAAACUUUUUUAGCAAGCUAAAUACCUUAAUCAGUCGUCUUAUGUUCUUUAUUUUCGCCUAUUGGAGAUAUUUAAACACCUUAGCAAUCUGUUUCAAGUAUGACACAAUAAUCAAUAGCUAAAAGUGCAACACCUUUACCUCAAAUAGCUAAUAAAAAUACUGUACCAUAAACUAUUUCUCUAGUUCCUGCUUUGUAGCCAAAUAUGCCAUAAAAUAAAGAUAUACCUUCUCAACCGAAAGCAGCGAAUACAGUAGUUUAGAAUAAUAAUGUAAAUCCACCUUAAGCUAAGUCUUCUAAUCCUGUAGCUCAGUCAAUAAGCAACAAUUCAUAAUCACAGACAAAAAAGUAAAAUAUUCAGUAAGACAAAAAAAUAAAAACUGUGAAACCAGAAAAUCCUUUUGGAUGUAGGACUAUCUAUGAAAGUGAUGAAGAUUCAAGUAGUGACUGUACUGAUAGCGAAAUGGAUGAAGAAAUAAAUCCAAAGAAGCAAUAAAUUUAAGAAAUGUAAUAACAAAAUUCAGUAAAAAAUACUGUAUAAUAAAAAAUUGAUAAAAGCUCUAGCGUGAGUGCAUUAUAAAAAUAAGAUUCAGUAAAUGCUAAUGCUAUAAAAUAAAACACUGAAAAAAAUCCAAUUGUUAAUGUUUUAUAAAAAUAAGAUUCUGUCUAAUCUUAAAAUCCUCCUUAAGUUUAAACUCAAAUUUUACCUUAAAUUAAUCUAAAAAAUUAAGUUAGUAGUUAGGAUAACUAAUUGCAAAAUAAUAAAAAAAUUUUAGAAGAUUAAGCUUUGAAUUAAAAGUAAAAUAGUAUCAAAAAUAAUUAAGAAGAAUAAAAUUUGAACUCAAAGUUAAAUAAUAUUUCUCAAAUUCCAUAACCUCCAGUCUCAGUAUAAGUAACCCAAUAAACAGUUAUUCAGAAUAUUGAGAAUAUAAAAGAUCCAAGAAUCAAGAAAAAAUAUGAAUAACAAGAGAAGAAAAAUUAAGUUUUUGAUUAAAAGCUAAACAGCUUGAAAAACAAUAUGAUUCUUUUUCCAAACAUAGGAUCUUUAAAAUUUGAUGAUCCUGAAAGGAUUAUAUCUCAUAUAUAUCACAAUGGAUAAUUAUUCUUUAAAGUCAGUUGGAAGCCUAGAUCAGAUAAGAUAUAGAUGCCUCCUACAUUCAUUGAAUACUUUAAAUUUAAAGAAAUGUAUCCAGUCAUUUGUGAUAAAUAUAUAAUUCCAAUUUUAAGCUCAUAAUUAAUAAAAUAUUGA